AUGGAAUAUUGUAGGGCCAGAGAUCAUAAAAGCAUCCUUGCAUCAAGACACCAGAAAGUUAUUGCAUCAGUUGUAUGUGAAGCUCAGACUGAAUUUAUUCCAGACAGGAAGAUAUCUGAUAACAUCUUCCUUGCUCAAGAAUUGGUAUUAGAUGAACUUGGCUUUCCUAGACAGUUCACCAUGUGGAUCUUAGAAUGUAUGAAGAUAGUUAACUACUCUAUAUUGGUUAAUGGAGAACCCACAAUUCUAUUUGAUGCAGCUAAAGGGCUAAGACAGGGUGACCCAAUUUCUCCGUUCCUCUUUGCAAUAGCCAUGGAAUACUUAAGUAGAAAGCUCAAUGAGAUGAUCUACUGUUAUUCUCUAGAGGAGAUGCUGAGACUUCAAGCUAACAAAGAGAAGAGCUCCAUUUAUUUUGGGGGAGUUACUCAGGGGGUUCAAGAUCAAAUUCUACAACUGUUAGGAUUUCCAAAAGGAGAACUUCCCUUCAAAUAUCUGGGGAUCCCCCUGGCUACUAAAAAGAUCUCCUUACUUAAGUGGCAACCAUUGAUCAGCAAGAUGGUAUCCAGAAUCUCUACUUGGACUGCAAAGAAAUUAUUAUAUGCAAGGAGAUCCCAGUUAAUCCAAACAGUCCUCUUUGGUAUCCAAGCAUAUUGGUCUCAACUGUUUGUUAUUCCCUCAAAAGUACUAAGUACAAUUGAGGCCUAUUGUCGAAGCUACUUAUGGUCUGGCACAAAUACAAUAAUAAGGAAGGCGCUAAUAGCUUGGGAGAAGGUUUGCACUCCAAAGUCAAUGGGUGGCCUAGGCUUGCUAAACAUAAGACUAUGGAACAAAGCUGCAAUAGCUAAAGCUAGCUGGGAUAUUGAGCUUAAGACAGAUAGACUGGAUCAGAUGGUUACAUGCUUACUACAUCAAGAACCAGCAAUUCAGGCAAAUGUCUAUCCCUUAACAGGCCGGAUGGGUGGUGAGGAAAAUAUUUGA